CGCGUACGCCGCUCCUCUGUGACUGUUCUUCUUUCCAUUCAAACAUCUUUCCUUUUAAUGCUCCUCCUCGAUGGUCACAAAAGCACUCCAAGAAUAAAAGAAUCACUUCCAAUUUUUGACAAUGUCUGCCUCCAUCCCUUUCGAAUUUUAAUUAGAAGAAAGAAACAGAGCUUCCCUCCCCUUUUUCUCCCUUCAAGGAAAAUUUUCCCAUUCAAAUUCCAAACCCCCCCCCCCCCCUCAAACCACCGAGAGAGAGAGAGAGAGAGAGAGAGAGAGAGAGAGAGAUUUGAGAAUGGCAACGCUGCAAAAAUUCAAGCUCUUCGCAACGCAGUGCGCGGUUCCCAGCAGUCCCAGCCGGAGCCCCGCCGCCGCCACCACCAGCCCGGUGGUCCAACUCCGCCGCCGGAAGUCCCUGCGCAUGCUCCUCAGCUGCAGCAGCGCCGGCCUCCGGCACAUCUCUCCAGACCGCCGACCGGCAAUCGUUGCUCAUCCGCCGCCGCUGACGCCGACUCGGCCGGAGAGGGACGGCCACAUGCUUCGUCACACUUUGAAGGAUCUGUUCGUCUCGUCGCCGCCCUUCGAAGACGAUUACGCGAAUCCGAAGGUGAAGUUCGGUGGAGGGGCCGAGGUGUUUGACUCGGCCGGCCCGAGGCUCAGACCCGGUUCUCCCCGACCAGGUUUUGUGGGUUUAAGGCACCGGUUAAUCAGGAAGACUUGGCGGCCGGUACUGGUCACCAUCCCGGAGUAUGAUGAUAUAUAGGGAAUUAAUUUUGUAAAGGGAAUUUGAAGGCACUUUCUAUUUUACGAGCCUGCUGAAUUUUCAUUGACAAAAAUGGUGAGGAUGUUCUCAUCUUUUUAAUGUCUCCUGGCUGUGUGCUGUGCUGUGGUUGUGGUACUAACAUGCAGAUGCAGGGUUGGUACAGUUUUUCACUAUUUUUAAUCUGAUCAAUCAUAUUCUACAUUUCAUUAAA